CCAGAAGUAAACGCAGCAUCAUUCGGCAGUAAAAUCUCAGUCUAUUUCAGCACAUUUCUAUGUCCGCGGACGGCGCUCUUUCGUCGGCGUCAAACAGGCGUCAGACGGAUUCCGGAAGUGGGAGACGGGAGGGAUAUUAGCCCUGAUAUAUCUUUGGUAUUUAACGGCGUUGUGGUUGUCAUUUUUCGCGGUUCCCCACAGUGCGGUCAGCGGAGCAGCGAGGCAGUUUUCCUGGUGUAGUUCGGCGGCUGAAUGGCGGUGAGAGCGGCGGCGGGCGGCCCGGCGUCUUUGUCCCGCUUCAGGGGCGCUCUGGUCGGCGCGGUGCUGGGCGACUGCGUCGGAGCCGAGUUCGAGGGAGCGGAGGAGGUGCCCAUGGAGAACGUACUGCGGCACCUCAACAGCCUGGACGAGGCCACCAAAGGAGCCGGUAUCCUGGAGUACAGUGAUGACACGGCUAUGGCACGUUGUGUGGUCCAGUCUCUGCUCACCCGCACCGGCUUUGAUGAGCAUGACAUGGCUCGCAGGUUUGCAAAGGAGUACAGCGCAUCACCAGAUCGUGGAUAUGGUUCUGGAGUGAUUCACGUGUUGAAGAAACUGUCCUCCCCCCAGCUCACUGAUGUGUUCCAGCCAGCCAGAGACCAGUUUAAUGGGAAGGGAUCCUUUGGGAACGGGGGGGCCAUGAGGGCGGCCCCCUUUGCUCUGGCUUUUCCUGACAUAGCUGAUGUCAAAAGGUUUACCCGUCUGGGUGCCAUGCUGACCCACUCCUGCUCUCUGGGUUACAAUGGGGCAGUGCUGCAAGCGUUGGCAGUCUUCUUUUCCCUGCAGGGGGCGCUAGACCUGCCUCAGCAGUUCAUCGGCAAACUAAUCACAGAGAUGGAGGAAGUGGAGAGUGACGAAGCCACACGAAAGGAUGCCAGACUCCUGAAGGAAGCAGACAGGCCCUUCUGUGAACGCCUUUACCGAAUUAGAGACUUGAUGGACAGGAGCAAAGUCAGCAUCGAGGAGGUCAUCUCUGAGCUGGGUAACGGCAUUGCUGCACUCCAUUCUGUCCCCACCGCUAUCUUCUGCGCCAUCCACUGCCUACAGCCACGGGAAUGCCUUCCAGAGAACUACAGCGGCCUGGAGAGGACAAUAGCAUACAGCUUGGCCCUUGGAGGGGACACAGACACCAUAGCUUGCAUGGCCGGGGCUAUCGCCGGGGCCCACUAUGGCAUCGAAGCCAUUCCUCAGUCCUGGAUAAAGUGCUGUGAGGGAGUGGAGAAUGCCGAUAUGAAUGCAGAGCGACUUCAUAUGUUGUACCACCAAGUAUCACAAGAGGGCAGAAGUGAAGCAGGAGAGAAGAGCUGUGAAGACCGACGUGAAAACCAGCCAAACGCUUCCAGUGGUACAGAAAAGAAGACAAGACCAGAGUGAUUCUUCAACUGGACUUUGACAAAAGCAUUCGCACACACACACAUCUACAAACACUCAGAUACUCUGGAAUUAAGUUCAGUUUAUUUCUGAUGAAGGACAUGUUCACUUUUUAAUAAAACAACCUUAAUCAUUAAAACAUUUUCAGAACUAAAACAAUACGGUAAUUUGAAUGUUUUUCUGAUGAAUACUGCA